CCACGCCUUAUAUAACCGCUUUAUUGGUAUUUUAUUACGUGAUCUAUAUUUUGUGUGUUUAUAGUUUAAUAUUUGAAAAUCCAACUUCCGUUUUGGAAUGUGCAUGUAGCAUAGAAAUAUGUCAAAAUUGGGCUUCUGAAAAUGGAAUUGAGCAUCAUUAAGGGACCUAAGUUAGUAGUGGCUCUGGACAUUGGCAGUACCUAUUCAGGUUAUGCUUGGCAAGAGAGAUCAGAAUUUGAAACUAAUAGAAGUGAGAUUCACUUCAAUACAAACUGGGGAGCAGGUGCUUUGCAACUGCACAAAACUACAACAUGUAUCCUCAUAGAAUGUCAAAAGAAUGAGGACAAAACUUCAUACAUAAGAGAAGGGCAAAGACAAGAAGAUACCAUUUCUUUUCCUUAUGGAAUUGUGCGAAAUGGCAACGACGAAAUAAAAAUAAAAAUUGGACAUGAAGCUGAGAGAGCUUAUAGUGUACGGGCUAAAAGGCAACAAGAUACCCACGAACUUGCUGGCCAUUGCUAUUUCUUCAACAGAUUUAAAUUACAGCUGUACAAUACGGGUUUUCACAGAGAGCAGUUAGUAGAAGACCAAAUAGGACAACAAUUACCUUUAUUUGAUGUUAUGUCGUCCUUCAUCAAAGCUUUGAAAGAUCAUUGCUUGAAGAAGCUGGAGACAAACGGCUUAAACGUUGAACUAAGCAAGACCCUGUUUGUAGUCACUGUUCCAGCAAUAUGGUCUGAUGAAGCAAAGAAAUUUAUGAGGGACGCAACAGUAGAGGCAGGUAUUGGUAAAAAGAAUGUUUUAUUGGCACUAGAACCUGAAGCUGCAGCCAUUAAUUGUUUACAUCUUCCCGAAGACCAAAGAAAAGAAAUGAAUGAACUUGGGAUGAAAGGACAGAAGUUUCUUGUUGCAGACUUGGGUGGUGGAACGGCGGACUUAUCCGCAGUUGAAGUAGAGGAAAAUGGGUUUCUUAAAGAAAUAUGUCAACCUUUAGGUGAUCCAGUAGGGGGUCAGAGGAUAAAUGACGCCUUUCUGCAGGUUUGUCAUGAUAACUUUAAGGGAGAUGGAUGGAAAGAGACUUUCAGUAAAGUCACUCCACUUGAAAUGUUAAAAAUGGAAGCAGACUUUGAACGAAAAAAGGUGACAAUUGGUGCAGAAGAUCCAGAAGGACAGAUGAUUGAACUGGAAGUGCCACCACUGGUCCGUGAUAAAUUGGAGGAUAAAACCAUCCUAUUGAAGGAAAAUAAUUAUCUUAAAUUUGAAGACAGAGAGUUAGUAUUUGAUUCAUCGCUUAUUCGUGACAAGCUGUUUAAGGAAACCUGCAACGUGAUAUAUACAACAAUUGGAAAGGUACUUAACAAUGAAAAAGCAAAGGGAUUGAAAACAGUUGUCUUGGUUGGUGGUUUCGCCGAGUCGCCAAUAGUUGUCGGAAACAUCCGGCAAAUGAUAGCAAAAGACUUUCCAGAUGUAAAGGUUGUGGUACCGUCUUCACCUUUUAAAGCUGUUUUAAAAGGAGCUGUACUUUUUGGGCAAGAUCCUAUGAUAUUCAGAAGCAGGAUUAGUAGAGAUACUUUCGGAAUACAAACGAAUAGAGUGUUUGAUGCAAAGAUUCAUGACGAGACGAAAAGGUGGAAAAAUGAAAAGGACAGGACAUCCUACUGUAAACAUAUAUUUGUUGUGCAUGUACGCAAAGGUCAGUCAGUAGUUCUUGGCAGUAAGCAACCGGUCGAGAUAUAUCAGCCAAUGAACACAGAUCAAACCGAGCUCACCCUUCCUAUAUAUACGUCUUCUUCUCCAAAUCCAAAAUACACUGACGAGAAAGGCUGCAAAGAGAUUGGAAAAAUUAAAAUUGAUAUGCGAGAUACAAAGGGUCGUACAGACAGAAAAGUUGAAGUGACGAUGAUCUAUGGCGGUACAGAAUUGUCCAUCAUUGCAAAAGACAAGGCAUCAGGAAAGGAAUAUAAUGCAGAUAUCAAUUUCAAUCACAUGUAACUUGCACUAUAUAAAAAGUCCUUAGGAAUUAUUAAACGCUGGUCAUAACGUAACCUGUAUAGCUCUGUGGUAAGUGCACCACUAGAUUUGCACAUUCAGAGAGUCGUUGGUUGAAAAUCAACCGUAGAAUCGACUCUCAAUCAAAAAAAGCUAAUAGCCUUUUUGAUGUGACUUAAAGUCAAGGUCAUGUGUUGGUCGUUUACAUGUUAAAAGCAAGGAAAGUCUUCUCGAAAUUUAGCUUCCUGUUUCUUGCACUUUCGUCUAAAAUUUGAAUGACUUGGUCUCUUGUGGAGGAGUUGUCAUUUUGCAACCGUUGAACACUUUAUAUCAGCACAAAAAGUAACAAUAUUCCUUUUGUUUUUAAAACAAUGUUAAGUACAUAUAUAACAAAAUUAUGUCAUAAUUUGAAUAAAAGUGGGUUAAAGUGUU